AUGCUGUGCGUUCUGCUUGGCUCGCUGCGCCCAUCGCACGCGCCCUCGCGUGCCUGCCCUCCUGCCGCGUCGCUCGUGCUCUCUGAUGAGGGCGACUGGCUCGCGGCGAGCAAGCCGGCCGGAAUCACCGUACACGAAGGCAGCGACAGCCUGCUGGCGGCGCUCCGUGCUGACGGUUACGGCGAGCUGCUGCCUGUCCAUCGCCUCGACCGCGACACGUCCGGCGUGCUGCUGCUGGCAAAGCGGCCCGAGGCGGCGGCGGCGCUUCAGGCAGCUCUGGCGGAGACGGCCGUGAAGCAGUACCGCGGUGUGCUGGUGGGAGUUCCGCCGGCGAGGCGCGGCAGAUGGGCGGGCGCACUCUCCAACCGCGCCGAGGGCCGACGCAACCCUCGCGGGGUGAGUGCAGAGACGGCCUACGACCUCGUGAGCGACAACGGCUUCCUCGCCAGCGCCGACCUCACGCUCGCCGUCGGUGGCCGCACGCAUCAGAUCCGGAGGCACGCUGCUUCGGCCGGAAGCCCGAUCUUUGGCGACCGCCGCUACGGCAACCCGCGGCGCAACGCGCAGCUGCAGGAGCGGUACGGCUUUGACGGCAUGGCGCUGCACGCGUCGCUGUUGCGGCUCGUGGUGGACGGCGUGGCGUUCGAGUUCGAGGCGCCGCUGCCGGCCUCGUGGAGCGCGCUGGGGGCGCUCGACGGCAGUUAAUCUUAAUGGAGGUUUCGCGUGGACAGAGCGGCAAACGUGUUUUUUACACAGCCACUAAUUCAUUCCGUAGACAACGC